AUGUCAAACAAAGAAUUUGAGAAAAUGACAAGCGAUCGAAUUGUGGUGAGAGCCAUUGAGCCAAAAGACGAGGAUGCUUGGCACAAACUGUGGAAGGAGUAUCAGGGCUUCCAAAAAACCGACAUGCCUCUGGAGGUAGCCACGACUAACUUUGCGAGGUUCUUAGACCCCACAGUCAAGCUGUGGGGGGCACUAGCCUUCGACACCGAGACCGGCAAUGCAAUUGGGUUUGCACACUACCUGAGCCACUUGACAUCGUGGCAUGUUGAGGAAGUUAUCUACAUGAACGAUUUAUAUGUCACAGAACACGCCAGAAUCAAAGGCGUAGGUAGAAAACUCAUAGAAUUUGUAUACAAACGUGCGGAUGAACUUGGUACGCCUGCUGUGUACUGGGUUACAGAUCAUUACAAUCAUCGCGCACAACUACUGUACACCAAAGUGGCUUACAAGACAGAUAAAGUUCUUUACAAGAGAACUGGAUACUGA